AUGGUUCUGGCUGGGCAGAAUCCGUUGCGGGACCUUGGAUACCUGCCUAGUCUCGUUUUCUACGAUAUUCUGGCUUCGCUUGGCCUCCUGAACAAGCACGCCAAGCUUCUUUUCCUCGGUCUCGACAAUGCCGGCAAGACCACCCUGCUGCACAUGCUGAAGAAUGACCGUGUGGCUGUGCUAUCGCCCACUGCCCACCCUACCUCUGAAGAGUUGGCCAUUGGCAACAACCGCUUCACCACCUUCGAUCUUGGUGGUCACCAGCAGGCCCGUCGUUUGUGGAAGGAUUACUUCCCCGAGGUCAGCGGCAUUGUGUUCCUUGUCGAUGCCAAGGACUACGAGCGUUUCCCCGAGUCCAAGGCUGAGCUCGAUGCUCUCCUCGCCAUGGAGGACCUCGCCAAGGUUCCUUUCCUCGUUCUCGGAAACAAGAUCGAUCAUCCCGACGCCGUAUCGGAGGAUGAGCUGCGACACCAGCUCGGUCUGUAUCAGACCACCGGCAAGGGCAAGGUUCCUCUCGAGGGUAUCCGGCCCAUUGAGCUGUUCAUGUGCAGUGUUGUGAUGCGACAGGGAUACGGCGAGGGUAUCCGCUGGCUGUCUCAAUAUGUCUAA